UCAUUUGUUGUGUUUAGUUAAAAACACAUGUUUCAUCGCGAAUCGUUAGUUGGUGUUCUGCGGCUGUUUUAGUUAUUUCAGAUAAUAGUUUCACUAGCAAUGUCAAGCUCAGACAGCGAAGUAGAUAAUGUUACCGAUUUGGAAGAGGAAGGCUAUACAAUAGCAGACUCCGAUAUUAAGAAGCACCUAAAGAAGGUCCCGGGAAGCGAAAGUGAGGAUACACCGGAUACUGAAGCUGUCCCGAGUGACGACAAGCCGGUAACAUGGGAAGAAAUGGGCCUCAUCGAUACAUUGUGCGAGGCUUGUCGAUCUCUCAAGUGGAAAGUGCCGUCGAAGAUUCAACGGGAGGCCAUCCCCCUGGCCUUGCAAGGGAAGGAUGUUAUAGGCCUAGCUGAGACGGGUUCUGGUAAAACAGGUGCAUUCGCUUUACCCAUUUUACAAGCCUUGCUGGAGAAUCCUCAGCGUUAUUUCGCUGUGGUUUUAACACCAACGCGUGAAUUGGCUUAUCAAAUCUCCGAACAGUUCGAGGCACUUGGAGUUGCCAUCGGUAUCAAAUGUUGCGUUAUUGUCGGUGGUAUGGACAUGGUCUCUCAAGCCCUUCAGUUGGCUAGAAAACCGCAUAUAAUUAUCGCUACCCCGGGUCGUUUGGUGGAUCACUUGGAAAACACGAAGGGAUUCAAUUUGAAGGCUGUUAAAUAUUUGGUCAUGGAUGAGGCCGAUAGGAUUCUUAAUAUGGAUUUCGAGGUUGAAUUGGAGAAGAUUCUGAAGGUUAUUCCACGGGAGAGAAGAACAUUUUUAUUCAGCGCAACGAUGACGAAAAAAGUGAGAAAGCUCGAAAGGGCUUCGCUCAAAGAUCCGGUGAAGGUUGAGGUUUCCAGCAAAUAUCAAACUGUAGAGAAGCUCCUUCAGUAUUAUGUAUUUAUUCCGGCAAAAUUCAAAGACGUCUAUCUUGUCCAUAUUCUGAAUGAAUUGGCUGGGAACAGCUGUAUGAUAUUCUGCAGUACUUGCAAUAAUACCGUUCGAACAGCGCUUCUGUUGCGUGCUUUAGGAUUAGCAGCGGUUCCUCUGCAUGGCCAAAUGUCCCAGAACAAGCGUAUUGCGGCACUGAGCAAAUUCAAAAGCCAGAGCCGGCAGAUACUCAUCUCGACCGAUGUAGCUUCUCGUGGUUUAGAUAUUCCGCAUGUGGAUGUCGUUCUUAACUUUGACAUCCCUACACACAGCAAAGAUUACAUCCAUCGCGUAGGAAGAACGGCACGUGCGGGACGAGCGGGUAAGGCGGUCACUUUCGUUACACAGUAUGACGUGGAAUUGUACCAGCGAAUCGAACAUUUGCUGGGUAAGAAGCUGCCUCUCUUCAAAUGUGAAGAGGAUGAGGUGAUGGCCCUCCAGGAGCGAGUAAGCGAAGCUCAGAGGACGGCUCGGUUAGAGUUGAGGGAUAUUGAGGAGAAGAAAGGAACUAAGCGAAACCAUCGUGGUCGUGGGGACGGUUCGGACGAUGAUGACACGGAACAGUUCAAUGGAGCAAGGAAGAGGAUCAAACCGGGCAAACGAGACGGCGCUGUGUACGAGACAUUUCGAUGACCACUCGAUAAAGAACAGGAAGAUUGCCAAACAAAUCAAUAAGUUCUUGUUGAAAAAUUUACAUCAGAAGAAAAAGUUUUCUGCGUACGGAUUCUUCGACAUCGAUAACAGCGUAAUUUAUACGGUCUUCAGCUCAAUCAUCACCUAUCUUGUGAUACUGAUACAAUUCAAACAGCUCGAGAACGAUUUGACCCACGGCGAACGAAAUGAAACGAUUGCUGGCAGUGCAUAAAUAGGAUAAUAAUACAGAGAAUAAUAACAUUAUACAACGAAUUGCUAUAUCCACAAUUGAAAUUUGCUUUUUUACAUAGUUUGUCUAGUUCGCAUUUGGAAUGUAUAGAGAUCAAACAAGUUAAAUGAGUUAAACAUUAUUUAAAGUUAGCAACAAACCAUUGUUCCAUCAUGGAACUGUUAUUUGAGGAAAUUCAGAUAGUGUAGAUAUUGAAAAAUGAUCACUUUUCAUCGUAUAUGUUCAAUGAAUAGAAAACAGGCUUUAGAGACGGAUGAACUCCGUAGUUCAAACCCUCUGUAAUAGAAAAAAAAAACAAUCAAUCAAACAGGCCCCAAAUACAAUGAAUAGCAAAUUGACAGUAAAGAUGUAUUUGAAGUUAU